AUGAGUUUCGAUCUCCCUUCUGUUAGCGAACUCAAACGCGCGGCCGAGGUCGGCCAGCGCAUCACACCCGAAGAUGUCUCCGUCAUAGCACAAGCGGAGAGCGAGUUGACAGGCACAGGGCCUGUGAGGGGAGGACCUGCAGCAACGGCACAGAGCCUGGCGAUGCGGCAGAUGAACUUUGACACGAAGUUGGAUGAGAUCUCGAGGAAGCCGCAGAGCCAUAUCACCCAGGAGGAUGCACGAGAGAUACAAGCUACGGAGGGUCGUGCAUUCAACAAACCCCCUGGUGCGGGCUCCAUCGCCGCUCAGGUUCGCUCCAUUGCCAACCGGAACGAGGCACUGGGACUUCCACCUGUCAAUGCAGGUGUUGAUGUAUAUGUGACUAAGGAUGAUGCACGAGAAGCGCAGAGAGCCGAAUCGUUUGUGUAUGGAGGGCAAAACCCCGCGGGAGGGAUGGCGGCUCAGAUGCAGAGCGCCGCCGAUAAGAUAGAGCAUGUCAGAAGAGUCAGCGGUCAGGAAUGA